AUGAAACUGAUAGCAGACGCUAGCCAGGACUUCAAGACGUCCGCGCACCCCGACGUCUGGCGUGCGGUCGGUCUGCUCACGACGGUUCUCGUUGCCGUCGCAUACUACAUCGGCGCCGCGAUCAUUUUUGCAAUUCCCUACGCCGCCUACCACUGGCGAGAGCCGGUGGCGCUCGCGUAUCUGGUGGUCGCGGCCGUACUCGUCCUGGGGCCGGCCGCGCCCGCGAAACAGAUCAGACAUAGCCGGUUGUACAAGUCGGUGGCGUUAUACUUUGAUGCCAAGGUGUUUGCGGAGGAUGAGAUGUCGCUGAUGAGUCAUCACCCGAAGCCCGUACUGAUUCUGAAUUUUCCCCACGGGGUGAUCUCAUUUGGUGGAUGGUGUGUGGGUUCUCUUUACUACGCUCGUGAAGCCGUGACAGGGUGUGCUGAUGCUGUGGUGCGUCUACCUUUCCUGCGUCAGUUGUUGGGUCCUUUUGGCAUGGUCAGUAGCAGCCGUGUGCCGAUGCGAGAGGCGCUUUGUUCGGGUAUGGAUGUAUGUCUGUAUUCCGGUGGGUUGGCGGAGCUGUUUUUAUGUCGGCGUGACAAGGAACAGCUCUACUUUAAACACCGGAAAGGUUGCAUCAAAUUGGCGAUUGAGAGUGGCGCGGAUGUGCGACUCUGUUACAUGUUCGGUAACUCAAGCAUGUUUGAUCUUCUUUGUGGACCCUAUACUGCCUGGCUAUCCCGACAUCUGCGCAUAUCAAUGUGCCUCUUUUGGGGCCGCUGGUUCCUACCCGUGCCACACAAAACCAAAGUAAUCGCCGUCUUAUCGCGCACUAUAACCAUGCCGGACUACAGCAAGAACCGAGAAAGCAUCACACCCGCUCUUAUACAACAACAGCAUGACAUCGUACUCAAGGAGCUACAGAAACUCUUCGACGAACACAAACACCUCCAUCCAGAAUAUGAGGACAAACAACUCAUUUUUGUCUAA